GGCAGCCCAGCUCAUCCACAUCUGAUACUCAAGGAGGCCUAAAGCAUUGUCAUCCUGUACAAGUGCAAGGACAGGAGCUCCCGACUGCCAGCAAACCUGCCCUCCUCUCCGAUGUCCCUGAAAAUGGGAUUUGCUUUGAUUCAUAGAACAUUAAGUGGCUUGUAGAGAACAAAUUAUUCUGCUUCCCCCGUCUUUCAUUGAGGGCUAAAGUAAGUUUUCACCACCGUAAGUGAAAGAAAAAGUCCUUAAAUAAGGGCAUAAUGAAUGACUUGAUCUGCAGUUAGCAUUUGUUUUGGUUGUGGCUUGGGUGGCUUCCCAGGCAAGUUGACCAACAAGCAUAUGAUCCAUGACCGACCUCAUAAAACACUGUCACUUGUGUCUCAGCCAAACCCAAGGCGCCAUAUCACAGUACCGAACCUGACCCGCUGCCGUGGUGGGCAUGUGUUUUAACUCUAAACUCCCCAGCAGGAGGUGUGUUUAACUAAUUACUUGUAAGUAUGUCAUAAAUCUCCUUAUGCACUUCAGAAACUGAAAUCCAAGCAAGAUUAAAUAUUAAGGUAAAUCAAGGUAUAUUUUAUUUUUUGAUUAACAAGAUUUUUUUUUUUUUUUUACAUGGAACUUUCAAUGUUAGAUUAGCUUAUUUUAAGACUUAAUAUGUACAAAACUACAUAAACGUAAUAAUCUGCCAACAUACCCAGGAAAUUAGGAGUGCCAAAACAACAUUUAACUUGUUAUAAAGCGCGUUGCAACGCAUGUCAUAAGUUACUUUAAGUUACUUCCUUACAUACUGAUUCAAAAAUACUACCGCGGUCCUCACCUUAGCUUCGGAGGUAGGUUCCAAAUAACACAGGCGGUUCCCAAGUCCCUCAGCGGCUAGGCAGAACUUGCGAUGCUCCUUCUGUAUGGUGGCUACGCUCUGUAGAACCACUUCAUCAUCCUGCAAGAAGACAAAUGCGUUAAAGACUCACAACAAUAAAUAGACUGAUGAGCCGAAAUAUAAGACAACCCCUUUUUCAAUACCCGAUUUUGUCACCCUCAAAAAAUGUUUAUCCUGUUUUCAAUAUCCAUGAAAUAAGAAGUGGUAGAUAGCUAAAAAAUCAGAUUUUUUUUUUUUAUUGCAAUCAUUUGAAGACUCUGCUUCAUUGGUCUUAAUUAGCAUAAAAUUAGCACCACAACUUUUUUUUGUUGUUGUUGUUGCGGGCUGCAACUCUCCUGGUCAUUGCUGGUAUGUGUGAGUGAGAGGAGAAAAAGCUCUGACUUGCUUGGAAAGAAGACGCUUUGCGCUAUACGUUGAUUUAAAUGUGUAAAUCUGUACACAGACCCCACAUAUAAGACACCUUGUCUUUUUUAGACUUUUUUUUCUCCCCAGGAAAAGAAAUACCAUCUUACGUUUGGUCAAGACAAGACAGUAAUAUUAUACAUCAGUGCUUGUCAAAUAGUGAGACGGGCCCCAGUGUGGUGAGGUGCCAGGGCAGGGGUGACUACAGUAUAUUCAUAAAAUGUCUUCAAGGUUGGCAAGUCUAUUAGUGGUCUUUAUUGAUGCUUGAAUUAUUCGGGUACCAGCAACUCAUACAGUGGUUUGUACAGAUAAAUGAAUAUUAAUGGUUCUCAAUAGUAAUUCAAAUUGGGGGAGUUGUUUGUCCCCUAAGGGGGUGGGGGGGCAUGACCAAUGCUGUACAUCAUGAUAUGAUACAAUACAAGAACCGUAUCAAAAUGUUCCUUUACAGACACACAAUGCUUAUUGGCACUCACAAUGUAUCCUACAGGACAUACUGUCUGUGGCACUGUACUGUACUGUAAAGUAAAGCACAAUCUGAGCGUAGUUGCUCUACUUAGUGGAGAAACUGGUGAAUCACAGGCCCCACCCAUUCAUUCCACACAAAAAAAGAAAACAUACAUUUUUGGACCAUGUUGAGAUUUCAAGCACGGUUUUAAAAACACACAUUUCAAACUAAACUGUGACCUGUGUUCUGCGCGCACACAAAAAAAUCUGUACUUGGCACGCUUGAAAUAGUCCCCAGGAUGUAGCAAAAUCAAAUCAAAACAUCUUCAAACAACAGCAUGUUAUAAAUAUUUCAACAAAGCAUGCAGUGCAUAAGUUAAUAUUAAAAAAAAUUGAUUAGUAGUAGUUGUAAACCUGUUACGCAAACACGUCUUUCAUCGCUAUGAGAAAAACCACGCAUAAAUAACAUCUGUAUCUAUCAGGGUGGAGAGGGCCUCUAUUUGCCAACAAACUCACAUGUAUUGAUUUGUGUGCGUGUGUGUGUGUGUGUGUAAUCUAAGCAGAUGGUUGCCAUGGUUUUGGCUCCCACUUCUUUCACACAAGUAAUAAUUCAAUAGAUUUAAAUACAGGCUGCACAGCUCCCAUCAGAAGGUGGGAAAUCAGAUGUUGGCAAUAUUUGAAACGUCUAAAAAUAACAGGAUGGCUGAUAGUGGCAGAUUUUGCUGAAUUACUGUAUUCUUUUUUUGUGCAUGAGAAAUGAUUCCAUCUCAUCCCUGAAAGCCGAUAAUGAUUUAGACGAUUUGCCAUUUUUAAAUUCAUUUUUAAAGUAAAUAUUAGGAGGAUUUUUUUCUUGUCUUUAUAAUUAUUGUAGAAAGUUCAGUUUUUCCAUUGGUGGUUAUUGAAGAUGUUCCUCCAUGCGUUGGUGGUCUGCCACAAAUUAGAUUCUUAGUCUUUCUUGUUGACAUGUGGGAGGUGCAUUAAAAAAUGUACAGGCUUGAAUUCUUCCUUCAUAAAAUUUGUUAAACAGGCACUGUGAAGUUGCUUUUUAUAUAAAAAUGAACCCAUCUUUUAGGGACAAGGCGAAUAUCAAUUUUACACCAAAAUUGUUUAUAUCCUGGAAUUUUCACGAUUAAUAAGUCAUGAUUUUUGUUUUUGAACAGAUAUCUUCUGGCUGGGAAUGGCACUGUGUUUGCAGUUUGCACAUUACUGCUGGGAUUGGACAAAUUUCAAUUUUCAGGAAACACUAGGCCACACUGUGGCCUAGUGGUUAGCAUGUUGGCCACACAGUCAGGAGAUCUGGAAGAUCUGGGUUUGAAUCUCUGUUGGAUAUCUCUGUGUUGGGUUUUGUAUGUUCUCCUUGAGCGUCCUUGUUUCUGCAGGUACUCAGGCUUCCUCCCACAUUCGAGAAACAUGCAUGUUAGCACACUGCCUCUUUCUCUUCUCCAUUGUGUCCAAUGGGGUACAACAAGAAUGCCUACUGUCUCUCUUUUCCAAAUGUUUGUUGCAUGGCCAACUGCCUGAACUUUACAACAGAUGUAAGUUUGGCAGCAAGGCUAUAAAUCUUGUGUCUGAUGCUGAUGAUCUAAUUGUGUUUUCCCCCAUAAAGCAAAGGUCGGCAGCACCUUGUUGCUUGUUAAUUUCAUUGUAAGUCAUCCUCAGACAGCUGUGGUUGCCAAGUGAUCUCAAGUUAUAGCAACACAACUGGCCAAAUCUUCCACCAAAACCUAGUUUGUUUUUCUUUCAGCUAUCGUACAGCUAGGCUGAUUUUGGUGGUCAGUGUAAUCCUGCACGGUGGCUUGCAUGAUGAGUCACUGGACGUGGUUUGCAACACCUUUGUUAGCCCCUCGUCUUUCACUAUGUUUAUCGGCCUGCAGUAUCGCUAUCCACUUGACAAGGACAUUCAUCAGCCUGUCAAACUUUAGUUUGUCAAAGAGCUUUGCUAUGGCUCGCUAAAUUGCUUACGUCUUUGCUGCUAACAUUAGCUGUGGCCGGACUCACGACUGGAUGCUUUGCGUUGAUGUGGUAGGGUAAACUUGAGCUGCUUCGGUUGUUGGCAAACUUCUUACAAAGAAGACAUAUUACCCUAGCUUCAAUGGUGCCGUCUAGGCGUUUUUGAAAUGUAAAUUUCCCAUUCAUUGGAACGACAAAUGUCACCUGCUCCUCCAUUUUCAUGUCAUCUCCCUGGUCCUCACCUUGCCCUCCCAACUACAAUAGGAGCCUAUCAACCGAUGCUAAACGUGCCAAACACAAUGACAGCCAAUCAGAGUCCACUUUAGGGCGUGACUGACUUUUUUUUUUAUUUUUAAUAAAAAUACAAAACAACUUGCAUACAGAAGCUUUAAUGUUAGAGAUUUAAAAUUAGAUCAACUCAAUUACUGUACCAAUUUGACACCCCUAACAAAAAUCUCUCAUUACAAUACAGUUCAGUUUUAUUUGGCACGAUCUUGGUAAAAAUAAAUAGUUGUAUUGUCCAUUAUACACGACACGUGCUCUCCCUCUCCAUGGCCCAAACUUGAUCUCAUCCAUAGAAUGUGGUGAAUCCGAGGCAGCAGCAGCGUGACCAUCUGCUACACCACUAAAGAACAGCAUCAGGACUAAGUUUAGGGCCCUGGAGGUAAGUAAGAGUCGGGUGACCCCUCUAUCAAGCUGCCAAGUGUAGGCCAGGAACUUGACCCCCGUCAUCAACCAACCUGUUCUCUCUGCCCCACCAAUCCCCAAGACCGCUGUAGCACUCAGUUGAAACCAACACUUUGAUUUGUGCCUUCUUUGAUGCCACAACUGGAUGUGUCGCAUAUUCUUAUUUUUUCUCUUUCAUGCUUUCCCCCCGCCCGUCAGUCUCUACCAGCUUCUUGUCACUGAUGCAGACAGCCGCCGUGUGCCAUAACAGACAGUAACAGGUGUGUGUUUGUGUGUUUAUGAGCAUGUACAGCCACAUGCGUCCACCGACCGGCCCGAUACCUGAGAAGCUCCGACGCGCUGCACGUGUCACAUAAACCCCCACAAGUCACCCGCCGCUGCCACCAAUGUGAACUUGAGAAAAGCUCUCAUCACUGCCAACUUCCUCUGACGUGACACAAACAGCGGGGGUGAGACCGUGUUCAUGCUAGUGUGCUCUACCAGCAUGACUUGGAUUACUGAGCUGCCAGUCUUCUGGGGAUUAGAAGCGAUGAUUUCCAUAUGUUGAGCCAAUGAGAGUCGUCCAAAUGCCAGCAGACAGCCAUGACUGUGGAGGAAGACCUCUCGCUUAUCUUGUAAGCUCUUGGGUUACGCUGCAAGUCCAACGGGAGUCAGCUGCUGCUGCUGCUGCAUGGACAACCGUAUAGGAUUCAUACAGGACGCAUUUCAACAUCACAAUUAAUGAUUUAAGAACACAUCACCUCUUUUAUCUGUUUCUUUUAAAUAACAUCAUGAAAGGCACUCACGCCUCGUUGCCCUUCCAUAUCCCCAUCAGUGGGAUGAGUGCGCAUGUGAGUCCAUCCCUCGGGGGCCUUGCUUCCCCUUUCAAUGACCCUCAAGACCACCGACUUGAACUAAACUCCUACCGUAAGGAGGAGGGUCCAACCAACCAACUUGUGGACAUAUUUAGGCUUACAGACUCUUCUGAGGUACUGUGGUUGAAAGAGUUGUUGCUGCUUUGCUCCGAAUACCAGACCUUCAUGAGAAUGGGCAACCAACAGGGGAUGAGCGUUAAGACAGAGCCGAAAUGCUGUGGGAUCAGGAGAGGGAGGUUUGAGGGGCCAGUUUACACCGGUACCCCCUUGAUUGACAUCAAGGGGACACCCACUUCUCCACAACAGCCUACAAAGCCAAGAAGUCUGCUACAACUUUGGGUAACAGGCACUCCGACAUGUGAGGACACACUGGACUCUGAGGAAGAAUCCACCAUUUGCAUGCAUGGCAAAGAAAAUGUCGCAAGAGGUCAUUCAAGCUUUGAUGACAAGGACGGUGAUUUCGUGGACUUACAGCCAUCAUGGAGAGCAGCCACACAAGGCUCUCCAUGUGUCAGCAGGAACUGUCCUUUCUGUCACGGAGAAGAAGGGGAAGAAUCUGCCUCAGAGACUGACCUCUCUGAAUAUGACGAGAUCUGUUCCCCAUUUGGUUUGGAUCCAAGGACCGACGACUCAAACAGAAACACGGAAGAACCAAAGACGGACACUCCAAACGAGACAGUGGGAAAGACUUCUCAGACAGCCACCGCAGCACAACGUGUCAUGAGCAAGAUUGAAGAGGUCGAAGGCAUCAUCAGUCGAGUGAGUCUCACCAGUUUGGAGUGGAUCAAAAAGACUAGCAAAGCAAGAGACGAGCCUCUUCCAGGGAAUGAUAUAUGUUUGAGCGGUGAGGUUCCACAGCACUUCCAAACACAGACACAAUACAACCAGUGCAUGCAGCUUGUUGACGAGUUCCGUUGUCUGGGUGAGGCCCUGAGUGAGAGUCUUCACCGAGCUCUUAGGAUGGAGGGGGACAGCCUAGAGUGGUGGACCAUACCGUACGAACACAAAGAACCGUCCAAGAAGGGUCUAUUGGAACCAACCACAAGACUACCAUUUUCUGCUCUGAACUCUUCCUUCUCAAGCUCUCUGGCUACACAUGCAGAGAUGACUUGCAGGCCUUUCACAUCUCAAACAUCUAGUAGCAUCGCCAUAUCAAUGGCCAAUAAUCAUCACAAAGAGGACAUCGAUGAUUGCCUCGCACUGUGCAGAAGAUCAACGGGGGAUAUUUGGAGUGAGAAGGAGGCCUUAAAUUGGACCAACCUCAUAUGGAGUGAGGAGAGACAGAUGCACAGAAGCCUCUGUGAGGCUGAGGCCGACCAAGAUGACGACCCAUACUCAGAUGAAGCUCUACAGAAACAGGAGGACGUCUGGCAUGAAGAGAUCGAAGAGUCCCUCUCCUUUUGCAGGUGGUUCUCUCAUCCCUCUCGACCAAAGCUCAUAGACUUCCUACGGAUCACUGCCGCUGAGGAUGAUAUCAGUGGGACGCCCACUCCUGUACCCCCAGAAAUCAGGUCCGAAGCCCCCAGCCCAGUACAAGGAGAAGAGCGAACGCCCGGACAUCUACAAGUCGUGUGGCCUCCACCCAAGGAGGAGAAAGUUGGCUUAAAGUAUACCGAAGCAGAGCACCAGGCUGCGCUGCUUCAACUGAAGAGAGCAUGCAAAGAAGAAGUGGAGAAGCUACAGGAGGACUUCUACCAGGAAUUUUCAAGACAGAGAGAAGAGAACAAGGUCACGGUGUCCUGUCUGGAGCUCACCCUGUCUGAGCUGCGGGCCGAGCUCUCCCAGGUCGGCACCCUCAAACGUGGCGAGCUCAGAGACGUAGCAGUGUCCACGCAAGACGACACGUGUGCCCAGAAGGCCUUCCGCACCGUCUGCGUACAAACAGACCGAGAGAGCUUUGUCAGGAGUGAUGAAGACGGGAAGAGGAGAGACUGCUUACCCCAGCAGCAGAAAGUAACUCCCAAAAAACUAGACCUGGCUUCUAUCAGCUUGAGCCUGGCAGGUCAGCAAGAAGGAGACCCUCCAUGUUGUGUACCAAACAAAACCAUCAGUCCACCUCCACCUUUGCCAUGUUUGUCAUCAACGGUGAACUCCAAACAAACAUCAAACAUUCCCCCACCACUUCCUCCGCCGCCACCACCUCCACCCCCACCUCCACCUCCACCUGCUCCUUCCAUGUCAGCUGCGGGUCCCCCACCACCUCCACCACCUGCAUUUAUGGCAGGUUUAACUACACCAACAGCCCCAUCUUUGUAUGCGGCUCCAAGGAAACCUCAGGUGGAGCCUUCCCGUCCCAUGAAGCCUCUGUACUGGACCAGGAUUCAGAUUCAGGACAACAAGAAUAACACACUGUGGAAUGUUCUGGAAGAACCACAUAUCGUGAAUACAGUUGAGUUUGAGGAGCUGUUUGCCAAAACCAUCACACGACUCAAGAGAAAACCACUGGUGGAGAAUUACGAAAAGAAAGCAAAAACCAGGAAGAUCAUUAAGCUGCUGGAUGGUAAGCGCUCUCAGACUGUGGGCAUCCUCAUCUCGAGCCUUCAUCUGGAGAUGAAAGAUAUCCAACAAGCUGUUCUGACUGUGGAUAACUCUGUGGUGGACCUUGAGACUAUUGAAGCGCUCUAUGAGAAUAGAGCUCAACCAGAGGAGCUGGAGAAGAUCAUGACACACUUCAGCACCUCCAAAGAGGAGGAGGUCAAACUCCUGGAUAAACCUGAACAGUUCCUGUACGAGCUCUCGCAGAUUCCAGACUUCGCUGGCAGGGCUCACUGCAUCAUCUUCAAGUCGGGCUUCAAUGAUGGGAUGGCCUCCAUCCAACACAAACUUCACAUUGUCUCCACUGUGUCUGAGGCUCUGCUGGAGAAGAGCGGCGUGAGGGAGGUGCUGGGACUGGUGUUGGCUUUGGGAAAUCACAUGAACGGAGGCAACAGGGUCAGAGGCCAGGCUGAUGGCUUCGGCCUGGAGAUCCUUCCAAAACUCAAGGAUGUCAAGAGCAGGGACAAUCGCAUCAGCUUGGUGGACUACGUGGUAUCAUAUUACCUUCACAACGUGGACAAGAAUGCUGGAACAGACAAGAGUGUUUUCCCGCUUCCCGAACCUCAGGAUGUCUUCCUAGCGGCUCAGGUCAAUUUUGAUGAUCUCAGUGCAGAGCUGAGGAGGCUUGGGAGAGAUCUGGCAGGAUGCGAAAAGGACGUGCAGAAGGUCUGCUCGGACUCUCCUGAAGAACAUCUGCAGCCGUUUAAAGACAGAAUGGAGACUUUUCUUCUCAGUGCACGUAAAGAACAUGCUGAGGCUUCCUAUCAGCUGAUGGCUGCAGAGAAAAGUUUUCAGGACCUGUGUGUGUACUUUGAGCUGAAGUCCAAGGCAGGAGACAAGGAGUUGACGUCCGGUCAUUUCUUCAUGCUCUGGUUUGAAUUUUGUGCCGACUUCAAGGCCAGGUGGAAGAGGGAGAAUAGGAACAUCUCUAAAGAAAGGAUAAAAGAAGCCCAGCUGUCUGUGAAGAGGAUCACAGCAGAGAAGAAAGUCGAGACCAGAAAGAUCAUCCCUAACAGUCUGAAAGAACGCCUGCGACAGAAAGAAGCUAACAUGACCUCUACUUAACAUUCUCACUUGCACAUAUUUAGAUUUUAUACUACAGUGGAACCUCUUCAGUCAAAUGCUCUUGAAUCUGGAAUUGAACCUAACCUUUCUUAAACAAAACGUGCCUGGAAUGUUUUGCGUCUUUAUGCAUAUUGUCAAGGAAGGAAGGAGUAGUUCCACAAGUGCUUUCCAUGACAAAUUCACAAAUUGUAAAAAUGGGUUGAUGAGCAUAGAACUGGAAACGGAACAUAUUGUAGAGUAGGAAGGUGGUUCUGGCUGCUUGGUACAAUCCUUUGUGUCGGAACAGAAUGUGGAAAUGCAAAAUGAGAUACAUUUUGUCAUCUGCAUCCCCCUUUGCACUAUUUUAUUUUAGUUUUAGCUACUUUUAAUACCCAGCGGUCAACUUAUUUUUACACUUUUGAUGAAGUUAAGAAUAUUAAAAUGUAAAACAAUGCUUGUACUGAACAGUACUACAGUUUGAAUUAAUUCUGUUUCCAUUACUUCCUUUGGUAAAAUUAUUUGUCCAAUAAUUGUCAAAGGGCCAAAUGGUACUGCUAAAAAAAAAAAAAAGGAUAUGCAGUUGUCCCUCGUUUAUUGCAGUUAAGUUCUAGACAUGACUGCGAUAAGUGAAUUUUCGCAAAGUAGGAUUCAAUAUUAAUAAAUGGAAUAUUUUUGUAGUUGCAGCAUAGAAAGCCUGUUUAUGACCUUCUACAGACAGUUUUUACCAUUAUUAGCGCCCGGUAGACAUGAAAUAACACCCCUAUGGUCAUCUUUACACUUGUAUUACCCAAUAGAGUAGACGUAAUAAUAGAAUAAGCCAUCUUAUUUACUGACCAGUGUAGAAUACUACUCUCCUGCCGCUGUUUGUGAGUAAGGAGAGACUCACGAUGCACUUGAAUCACUUAAUGAACAAUGCAGUGAACAUUCACACAGGAGCUGCUGUCGGCCACUCAUUACACUGCCAAUCUGCUGCGAGCACUCCGCUAUCAGUCAACUCUAGCUAGCUGAUGUCACACACGUCACUGCCCAGGCCCUACUUCUUAAAGGCUUCAUAAAUUGUCUUGUGAAUGUGAAUGUCUUGUACAACAGUACAAAACAGUGAUAGACUGAGGGCGUGAUGUUCGAACCGCGAUGUAGUGAGGGACGACUGUAUACAUAUAGAGUGUUUUUUUGGCCUUUGUCAGCGGUACCAGACUCAUAUUAGCUAUACUGCAGCAAGCCCCUAAGGCAGGGAUUCCCAACAGGUGGGUCGCAACCCAUAAGUGGGUCACCAGGCCGUUUUCAGUGGGUCGGUCACAAGUCUUUGCCUGGACAAGAAAAAGAUGGACGUAAUGAUCCGAUGUCCGUGAAUGCACCUUGCGUUCUUGUCUGUGCUAUUUGCUUGCUACGCCGCCACGGUACGCGUGCUUCGGCAGCCGUGUCACCAUUCCUUGAAAGUGAAAGUUGAAAAAUGUCAGUAAUUUGGGUCGCCGCUUGUCACUGAGGGGUGAUGGUGGGUCCCACGGCCAAACCAGUUGAGAACCACUGCCCUAAAGUACAGAGUCUUGCAAAAGAUUGUUUACAUCGUACAAGUAAACACAUCGGCUUCCCCACUGCAUUUGCUGUAAAUGCGUAUUUUGUGGUCACUGUCAAAAGUCCAAUUUUAAGUGUCUACUUUUUUUUGUAGAGUUGUUAGCGCCGCAUUUGUUUAAAUGCAAGCUGUCUUCUUCUCCAGCUCCUUCAUUGUGACGUGUAUGCCUCGCUGUCUCCCCCCUGCAGAGCAGAGGAAGUACUGCAUGAAGGAGCACUUGUCUAGUUUGACUAAAUGGUUUACAUUGUUCGGGGGAUGACAAAAUGACAAGCCUAUCGAGGAACCCUGGUAUCAUUUGUCUCGAAAUCUGAAUAAUUACGUUAAAUCAGGAAUGGACUCAACCUAAGAGGUUCCAUUGUACUAUAAUGUCAGGACCAUUUAACCACUGAGCUGCUGGACCAGGCUGGAUCGGGAUCACAAUCAGGGUACCACGACUUUUUUCAUUCCUUCAACUGGGUGCAUUUUGUCUCUUGCUUUUCAUUGCAUUUAAUGACUGACACCUGAUACCUAAAAUGUAGAUUGAAGAAAACAAUUGUGCAAUAUUGCCAUCACUGUAUGGAUUAUUAUAUUUCACAGAAUGUAUGAAUUCUAAUGUAAGUAGUCAGUAUUUUGGCAUACUCC